AUGGCUGCACUCCCGGAUCUGUCUCAUACGUCGCGUAUAGACCCUCUGUGGUUCGAGGACGGCAACGUCGUGUUAAUAGCUGGAGAACGCACAUGCCGUGUGCACCGUGGCAUCCUGUCCAGGUACUCAACAGUAUUUUCGGAUCUCUUCACAAUUCCUCAGCCGUCGGAUGCCCCCAUGCUCCACGGUGCCUCUAUCGUCACCUUAUCGGAUGACCCACAACACCUAGAGUAUACGCUCCGCGCUCUCUAUGACAUUGAUUAUCUUGACAAUCUUGCCUCCAUUUAUGAUAUAUGGUAUGACCAUGAAAUCUACCCAAUUCUGAUCGGAGUGGCAAGCCUAGCACACAAGUACAAUAUCCCACCGCUCCUCCGAAGGGCCGUCUCUCGGCUCAAGACAGCAUUUUCUUCCACGUUCGAGGAACUCAAGACUAGAUCGGGAUUCUACUGUUCCCGUACCGAGAACUUGGUGGACCCUAAACUUCAUCCCUCCACCAAACCGAUUAUCACCCUUGCUCGCCGCAUACACCCAUCCGAGCUUGACUCCGUGCUGCCAAUCGCCUUCUACAUGUACUCUCAGAGCGAUACCGAAUCUCUCCUUGAAGACGCUCUACGGUCCGGACAAGGCUCUGACGAGUGGGACGUUUCCGUGGAAGACAUUCGCUUCUUUCUCCCUGUGGCCACGAAUCUCAGUAGAGACUGCAUCACGAAGCAGAGCUGCUUGUCUACCUUGACUGAGCUCACACGCUCAGCAAACCGCUUGGAGUUGUGCACUUCGAGGAACCCGCUGCGGGAUAUGGAUGAAUGGUUUGACAGUAUGGAUGGCCUGUGCGACGAGUGCUUAGACCGUCUAAAGACCCGUCAUAGGAAAGAGCGGGUGAGAAUCUGGAGCAACCUUGGUCAUACGUUCAAGUUGGAUGAUCGGAGUGGUGAAAAUCGCCUGAGCCAGGGAUACACUUGA